AUGAAGUAUUUUGCAACAGUCAUUGGUGUUUUACUUUUCAGUGCGUCAGUGUUGGCGGCACCUCUCACGGCUCAGCGACAGGCACUCCAUGCUCGUCGACAAGCAAACAGAGCUCUCGGUCGUGGCAGCAGCCGACCCCUAAAGCCCGGCACCGCAGAGGUACUCUACGUCAAUGGGACAACAAAUGAAGAGUACAGUUCAAAUUGGGCCGGUGCGGUGCUCAUUGGUAACGGAUACAAUCAUGUCACCGGCGAGAUCACAGUUCCUGUUCCCAGGCCUCCCAGUGGAGCCGAUGACACCACAUCCUACUGUGCUUCAGCAUGGGUUGGCAUCGAUGGUGAUACUUGCAAUACAGCAAUUAUUCAAACCGGUGUUGAUAUCUGUGUGCAAGGCGGUGUUGUUUCGUCUAGUGCUUGGUAUGAAUGGUUCCCAGACUACGCCCACGACUUCACUGAUAUCAAAAUCUCAACUGGAGAUGUGGUCAAAAUAACGGUUGACGCUACUUCGUUAAGCUCCGGCACUGCUAUCAUCGAGAACAGAUCUACUGGUAAAACGGUGACAGAACAGUUCCCACACGCAAUUGGGGCCAAUCUUUGUGAGUUCAACGCGGAAUGGAUAGUCGAAGACUUUUCGGUGAAUGGUGGACUGGCUCCCUUCUGCAACUUCGGUACUGUGGUAUUCACCGAUGCAGUUGCUUCCGCUGGUGGGAACUUGUUUGGUCCGUCGCGUGGCGUUGUAAUGGAAAUUUACCAGGACAAGAUUUUGACCACCUCAUCGGUUACAGAAAAUAGUUUGACCGUCAGCUACCUUUGA